AGCCGGGCGGUGAGAUAUUCCUGUCAAGGAAAUUCUCAGUUCUGGGAGCGGAACUGCUCUCGGGGUACCCCUGAGACCCCUCUGCUGGGACCGCCCUCCCGAGGCCGGCCGGUCCGGCGGGUUAGGGGUGCAGACCCGCUGCCCGCAUCGGUUUCCACUUCCACGGGAGGGUGCGUCCGAGCUGCCUCCUUGUGAGGCGGGGCCGCUCCUGUGCCCUACUGCUGUGGGGGAGAAAGAGGGAAGGAAUGGGGUGUGCCGGCAGCUGCCGGGGGUGGGCGAGCUGGCCUUCUGGCCUGUGCCAGAGGGAGUCCCCUUGUAGUUGCCCUUUUCUUCAGGCGUGAGGUUGGGGGGCAAGAGACUGCAGCUUCUUGGGUUGUGGCGGAGCAGUAACUUCCAUCAGUCAUUUCAACCCGCCCAUGUUGACGACUGUCUUAGAGAGCUCUCUGUUUACAUUUGAAGAUGUCUAAAAAGAAACUGAAGAAAUUAACUGCAAAGGAAGACAGUUUGGAUGGCCGGGAUGACAAAAACAUUGAAGACGUAAGAUCUUACAACUGUACUAUGAAAGGAGAGACAGAAUUUCAGAGAUUCAAAACAGAGAAAGAUGGGCAAGAGGAGAAGCAAGAACGAAGUUCUCAUAGUUCUCAUGGCAAUGACGGAAAAUCCAGAGGAAAAUCUUCAAAUAGAAACAAAAUCACAGACAAUUCUUUAAUCCAAACUAAAAAGCAAAAGAAAGUAGUUAUUGAAUUUAAAGACAGAGAAAUUAAACAUGGAAAAAGUACGCGCACUCCUGAUGUUGUGACUACUAGCAAGGAAAGUUACAACAAAAGUCAUCUUGAUGGGACAGAAGGAAAAAGACUCUAUAGCUUUGCGGUUCAGAGGAGCAAGGCGCUGAAGAAAAAGACGGAGAAGGCUGAACUUUGUAAACUAAAGUUAAAAAGGGAACAAACUAUGUUGGAAAAAAUUAGGUCAUCUGUCAAUGAUUCACAUGUACCACAUAAAAAGGCACAUGGAAAAAAAAUGAGUGAAGAUGUCAGAAAUUCAAAAAAGCGCUCUGACACCUCUACACGGACUGUGCAUGGUAAUAGGUCUUUCACUAAGAGGCCAAAUAUAUUAUCUAGUACUUGGGAAGAAGAGUAUGAAGAUGAAUGUGAAGAGUUUUCUAAGAAAAAACAGCAUGUGAGUAAACAUACACCCUCACGCUAUUCGACUGAAAUACAACGAUGGGACUCUUGUAAACAGAAGAAACAGAAUGCCGAUUCUUAUAAAGCUGCUGGUAAUACAGAGAAAGAAAAAAGGGACUUCAAAGCCACAUCAUUAUGUUUUAAGCAGACGACUGAUAGAUGUUCUACUUCCAUUCCUACUUGUUUCUCGAAUUUUGAAGUCCCAUGCACCUCUGACACCUACCAAGAAGGUGAGGACACAAAGUCUGUCCAAAAGAGUUCUGAAGUCUUUCCACCUCUUCAAGACAGUCAGAUCUCUGAAACAGACCAUGAGAUGCAGAUAAUUGAAGAUUUGCAUGUUGCCCGUGUUCAGAAGAGGAUGAUGCUGUCUGUAGUAGAGACUUGUGGAGAACUUACAAGUAUGGAAAUAGAUCUUCCAGAGCAGGAUUUAAAUACUUCUGCUGAGACUUUUCCUUCUGGUCUGAACAUACUAGUGGUGAUUGACACAAAUAUAAUGAUUAGUCACCUUGAGUUUGUCAGAUCCCUGAAAUGUGAGAAUAUACCAGGUGUUGGCAAACUUGCAUUAAUAAUUCCCUGGGUUGUUCUACAAGAGCUGGACAACUUGAAGAAGGGGAAAAUGCUGCAGCAUGUUCGGGACAAAGCUAUCCCUGCAGUCCAGUUCAUCUACAUGUGUCUCAAAAACCAAGAUUCAAAAUUGUGGGGACAAUCCAUGCAGCUUGCUUCUCAAAAAAUAUAUGGCCUGAGUGACGAGAACAAUGACGAUCGUGUUUUACAAUGUUGUCUGCAGUAUCAGAACCUCUUUCCUCAAGCUGUUGUCAUACUCUGCACGGAUGAUAAAAAUUUAUGUAAUAAAGCCAUUGUGAGUGAGGUCAAGGCAUUCUGCAAAGCUGAUUUAGUUACUGUUCUACAGAAUCUGAAUGUAAACAUGCAGCAGAACUGUUUUGAGUUGCAGCAGACAAAAUGUGAUGCAGAACUCAAGAAAACAGGAAGAGGUCUUACGGCACAAUGUCCAGAUAUACUUCCAGACCUUGAAAAGAACUUAGGAGAAGCUUUAUCUUGUAUUCUGGAGACUGAAAUGAAAAUCGCAUUUGGAAACCUAUGGAUGGAGAUACUGUAUCUGAAGCCACCAUGGACAUUAGCAAACUUGCUGAAGUGUUACAGAAAACACUGGGUGGCUGUUUUUGGUUAUAUUGUGCCAAGGAGUUUGCUUUCAACUAUUGAAUGUCUCUAUGGACACCUUUGUACAGGUAAACCAGUUGACCCUUCAACAGUGUGUAUCUUGCUCGAGGAAUCCAAAAAAUUAUUCCAUGCUUUCAGUUCAAGGUCAGACUAUAAUGGUGUACUUCCUCAAGCUUAUGCUGAAGUGAAUAAGCUAUACCAAACACUUACAGAGCUGAUUUCUGAGUUGAUGUGGAAGAAAUUUCAGUGUCUUGGUUUGUGGUUACUGUUAGUUCCAUAUGUAAUGGCAUGAAAAUGGGAUAAUGAGCAUGGAUGACUUGAAAUAUUCCUGUAUAGGGGGAAGAACAUGGGUCAGAAUAUCUUAAGAAGUUUUUUUCAGUUUUGGAGAAAGCUGCAAGGGAAAGGAAGAAGGUGAUCAGAGAGAUGAAGAAAGAUCUGGGAGUCUUGCUUGCCUACUGUGCUGUAACUUCAGUGCACAUUGCAGUCAGUCACUUAAUCCACAGUUCUGUGAACUGUGCUGCUAUACGAAGCAGGCUUUCUGUCUGAAAACUGGUUUUGUCCUGUCCUUGUCCUGGCAAUUGUUUGACUUCACAGAGAACUGCUCUUAUACAGACUAGGUUUUGACAGAUGUGUUUAAGAAAAAUUUUCUGAACCAGUUUACCAAAUGAUAACAUAUUGUAAAUACUUUGUGCUGUUGCAGAGGAAAAUGUUGCGUGAUACUGAGUAGAGUAAGAAGCAGUUCUUGUUUAUGCCUGCUUGUCAUGCCUGGGAAACUUUGGCAUAAGGCUUCCCUUUGCUUCAGUUACCUAUCUGUAUAAAUACCAAUAUAUACAUAUAGAAGAAGGAUUUAGUGAAAGACCGAAAGAUGCUUUAGAUGCAGAGACCAUAUUCUUGUCAUAACUAAAAGAUAGUUAUGCUGAGAAGAGUUUAGUCCUGCUUUUUUGAGCAUUGCUUUAAAAAAGAUAUAGAAGUGUUCAAGUUCUCUUAAACUGGGAGCCAAAUGCAUUCAUUAUUUAUUUGCUAAAC